GCAGAUAUGUUCUUCUGGCAAUACUUCAGGAGUAGCGGUUUGUUCUGGGUAGGUUGUACGUAUCAUGGACGACGACGACAAAGUUGUUGAGGAUGCCAUUGUUCCCAUCCUCGUUUGUGCUCCUCAGCUCGGCGAGGAUGCGGUUCGCAUUUUCAACGACAUCUGGAGCAGGCCACCAUUGACGGGGAAGCGUUUGAUAGAUGACAUUUUUGAGUGUGGCAUACAGGAUGACAGCGCAUCCCGGAAGCGACGUAUGUGUACCAGUUGGCAAUGGCCCGCCAUAGUGAACGUUUGUGAUGUCAUGCCUCGCAAUCCACCUCGUUGGUGGGUAAUGUGUCACACAGCUGGUGUGUGGAAGGACCUCGAGGUGACUGACGAUGUUGAAGAUGACUGCUACGUCACCCUGUUGCGCAUGCGUAGAUCUACCUUCAACCGCCUUCUUCGUGUGCUCGCACCGCAUCUGGAGAAGCAGGUUACCAGGUGGAGGAAGCCAUGGCCUCCCGCACAGGUGCUGGCUUAUGCAUUGCACCGUUGGGCACAUGGCGACUCCAAUCUCCAUAGCUCAUGGACAUACGGGAUGGGAAAAACGAGCGGGCUACGGGCGGUGCGUGAUGUUUCCAAAGUUAUCAUACGUUGUUUUGGAUCGGUGGUCAGGUUCGGUACGUACGAGGAGCUGCAUCGUUGGAUGCAGAAGUUCGCCGCGCUUGGUUUUCCAAACUGUUGGGGGUGCAUUGAUUGCACUCAUGUUUUCGUCGACAAACCUAAGAAGAAAGACGGAGACGACUUCAUGGGCGGUCACAAGCGAAGGUUCUCCAUCGUGGCGCAGCUGGUGUUCGAUACGGACUUGCGCAUUCUUGACCUGUGUUAUGGAUUUUCGGGUAUUGUUGCCGACGACCGAGUCCUGCGGAAUUCAUCUCUGUGGCGGAGGGACGUGUCGGGGGAGCUGUUUUCAGCGGACCCUGACGACCCGACCAGGCACUUGCGUCCCGAAAUUCCCGGAGUCCCGGGUGGGUACCUGCUUGCUGACGGUGGGUAUCCCACAUUGGCUUGGCUCGUGGUCCCGUAUGGCCACAACUAUGUGGACCCGCACACCAAAAUUUUCGAUAGUCGACACAAGGUUGUUCGCUCACUUGUGGAGCGGGGCAUUGGCCUCUUCAAAAUGCGGUUCCAGUAUUUCUACAGGCCACAUGUGUGUGAUUUGAAGAUCGAGGGGGAUGAGUUUUGGGCUGCUUGUAUAGUGCACAACCUGCUUCAGGAGUGGGGUGAUCUUCCAGAGGAGUAUGUGCAGCCACCAGAUGUCGAGAGUGGAACACAACCUCCGCCCAGUCGUGCGGUGGCAGGAGAGUUGCGUGCUGUACGCCAUCUCCGGACUAGGGAGCCUGGGGUGCAGGAAUGGCGAAGGGAGCAUAACCAUAGCCAUUACUGUGCAAGAAGAUGGUGCAAGGCGGUUGGCAGACGACUGUGGCGAUCUCGCCUCGAUGUGUGUAACUGGUGCAACGAUAUCGUCGAUAAGCUGUCCCUGUGGAGGAGUGAAUACAUGACAUUUACGAAGGAGAUUAAUGCGUUGAAGGACCGCAAUGAGGAGCUGCAGUGUCAGGUCGAGAAAGCAUGCGAGCAUCAUGCAUAUCUUGAGACACAGCUGCAAGAUGCCAUCGCCACCAUGGAAGAGGCACGUGAUGAACGGGAUCUCGCAUGGCACUGUUACGAUGAGCAAUUCGUAGAGAUGACAUCUGCUGGGGCGUGUGAUGUCGACGCCCUAGCGGAGGAUGUCAAAGUUGUCACGCUCCAGGAUGAAGAACACAUGGCGACGUGGGACAACUACAAGUCCUUGCAAACUAAAGUCAAAGACCUCGAAGCGAAGCUGGAGGGUGUGAAGCGGGUGAACGCCCUGCUGCAGGAACCGCCAUCGUUCUGGGAUGAAGUCUUUGGGUAAGAUCAACGUCACAGCGGCAGUGUCA